AACGAGUCUAGAUUAUCUCCCAACCCCAACAGAUUGAGAUACCCCCCUUCCCCCCUCUCUCUUUCGCCCAGGAACAGACAAGGAUCAGCGGGCUAUCCAUCCCACUUUCCCUUACUUCGAUAGAUAGAUCGAUAGAGACCCGAGCGUCAACCAUGGCCGACGAACAACUCCCCGUGCUCAUCGUCGGCGCCGGCAUCAGCGGCCUGAUCCUAGCCCAAUAUCUCAAAACUCAUGGCGUCCCGUUCCAGGUCUUCGAACGCGACUCGGCCAUCGACGCACGGAGCGGUGGAUGGGGCCUCACUCUGCACUGGGCAUUGCCCGCAUUGCGGCAGUUGCUUCCGGAGGACAUCGUCGCACAACUGCCAGAGACGUACGUUAACAAGGAGGCGGCUGCGCGCGGUGAUACAGGUCGCUACCAGUUCUUCGAUCUGAAGUCUGGGGAGGCGCUUUAUAAUGUCCCCGCGGCGGAGCGGAUUCGGGUUAGUCGGGUGCGAAUGCGUCAGUUGUUGACGAGUGGGAUUCAAGUGCAGUGGAAUAAAUCCCUCAAAGAUAUCGAAUCAACCCCGGAUUCCGUAACAGCCCAUUUCGAAGACGGUUCAUCAUGUACAGGCCGUAUCCUCCUCAGCUGCGACGGAUCACGGUCCCUCUCCCGACAAAUCCUCUAUCCAGACAACCACGAAAUGCAACCGCUACCCGUCCAACUCCUCGGCGCAACAGCACUAUACACGCCUGAGGAAAUGAAAGGCGCCCAGAAAAUCGACCCUUUCAUCUUCCAAGGCGCACAUCCAGAUACCAACGUGUAUCUCUUCUUCAGCUUCCUUGACACCCCCAACAACUUCUCCGACAGCACAGACAAAUACCACUGCCAGCUUAUCGUCUCCUGGGCGGAAUCGAAGGGUAUCGAAUUCCCCGAGUCGAAUGCGGAGCGCAUUGCCCUAAUGAAAUCUCUAACGGCGAACUGGGCCGAUCCGUUCCGGUCUCUUAUUCACCAGGUACCGGAUGAGACGGAGGUGGUUUCGAUCCGUGUCGCGGAUUGGAUUUUCAGUCCCCGGCGGCAAAGAGGUCAUCCUCGUGUGGUUCUUGUGGGUGAUUCGGCGCAUACUAUGACCAUGUUCAGAGGUGAAGGUGCCAAUAACGCCAUCGUGGAUGUCCAGGAUCUGGUUAAGAGGAUUGAUUUUACGUCGAGGGACUCGUUCACACUCGACGCCCUUCGUUCUUCCGUCGCCGCAUAUGAACAGGAUAUCUUUACCCGUGCGGAAACCUCUGUUCUAAAUUCGAGACAGGCAUGUCUUGAUGCGCAUGAUUUUGAGAAGAUUUUGAAUGGAAGCCCCCUGGUUUCCAAGAGGGUGCUUAAGGAGGAUGAAUAAGACCCCCUGUCUUUAGACUUGGAUCAGAGAUCGAGUACUUGGAGGUAUAGCGUAUGAAGAACAAGUGAGAUGAGAUUAUGAUAGACAAGACUUUGCUG